CAUGAUGAAAGUUUGUAACUUUAAUGUUGUUGGUUAGGUAUCAGAAUUGUCCCUGGCACAAGAUAUGGCUCUUUUGGGAUUACUGUUGCAUGGCAAAAUUUAGAGCAUCAUGUGAGAGUCCAUCGUGUAGAUUCCUGCUUAAGUCCAAGCUAAAUCUUGAUGAAAGUCAGGAAUCAGAUAUAGCAAACCAAUGGAAAGGAUUGCCGACACAGCUUACAGGUAAGGUGACGGGAAAAUUUCACGAGUCUUUCGUGAAUAAAAAUAUCACGGAUUUUGAAGGGUUCCAUCUGGCAAUUCUUGACAUGUUCGUCACUGUGAAUGGUGCAUUGCCUGGUAAGCACUGGAUUGUGCCUUCGAGUGACAAAAUUAAGGAGUGUUUUGAGGAUUGGAAGCAACUCGAUGAAGAAGGCAAGAAGAAGAAGGUCCUAGAGUUCAUGGAGAAGAACAUAAAACUAAACAGGUUGGAUCAGACUUCGCUCAUCAUUGGGCUGGCAACACCGCCUGCAGCAAUGGCAGCCAAGAGAGCCGGUGAAGGUGUGCCUCAGCUCAAAUUUAUUAAAUCCAUUCCAGACGUGCUGUUUGUACCUGCUGCUACAUUGGUUGCUCUUGCGUCAGUUAAGCUUUCCAGAAAGAUACUCCUCCAACACGCAGCAUCUGAAGACCGUCUAAUUGAAAGAAACCAUCCUGGAACUUUGGAUUCUUAAGCUUCGCGAUGACAAUUUUCAAUUGGUAUACAAGUUUGUUUAGCUGUUAUUCAACAGUUCUUACCAGCCAAAUGUAAAAAGAAACAUCACAUUUGAUAUGCAUAUAACAGUUGGAGAUAAUCAAUAAAUUAAAACCAUGCACAUUUUAUGUAUACUCAGAAUAAGGAAUUAAUGCAUGCUCCUUAUUAGA